CUGGAUCGCUCUCGGAGCAGGGAAGGAGCUAGCUAGCUAGCUGGCGCAGGCUGUCCUCAUGUUCCAAAAGUCUCGUCCCAUGUGACCCCUCCAAUUCCAAUUCCCGUCCGUCUCCAUCCCCUCGCCCCGGCACAAGCUACCCGGGGGCCAGGACGGUGGUGCCGUGCGGUCUCGUAGCUACUGCACUGCAUCACUAUAAAGCUAAGCUCCAGGCGCCGCGCCGCCCAUCUAUCGCGAGAUCUAGCGAGCGAGCGCGCACACUGCUGGCGGCACCAGGCUACGACGAUCGAGAGAGCCGCCGUGCCAGCACAUUGUCCAUUGUCCGCGCGGCGGGGGAUCGGGCGGACGCGCACAUAAUAUGGCGCAGCUGCCGCCCAGGGUCCCGACCGCGGUGCACCGCUGGCCGGAGGGCGGCCACCACGGCGCGGCGGCGUGGGCCGAUGACUUCGCCGAGUUCGCUGCGUCGCGGCGGGGCGCGCACCGCAGGUCCCUGAGCGACUCGGUCGCCUUCGUCGAGGUGGCGCCCGCGGCCGGCGAGUUCGACAGGCUCGACGACGACCAGCUCAUGUCCAUGUUCCCCGACGAGGCCGCCGCCGGCGGCGGCGGCGGCGGGUCGUCCGCGGCAGGGUCCGAGAACAACGGCGGCAGCAGCGACAGUUACGGCGAUAGGCGCGGCGGCGGUGGCCCUGCGGCGGGAGGCACCAGCACCACCACCAGCUGCAAUGGCUUCGAUGGUGGCGAGCACAACGAAGCCGCGGACGCGCAGGCGACGGGGCAAGCUGCCGCCGCCGCCGCCGCCUCCACGGAGCUGAUCCGGGACCCCAAGAGGGUGAAGAGGAUCCUUGCCAACCGGCAGUCAGCUCAGAGGUCGCGGGUGAGGAAGCUGCAGUACAUCUCCGAGCUCGAGCGCAGCGUCACAACACUGCAGAACGAGGUGUCCGCGCUGUCUCCCCGUGUGGCAUUUCUGGAUCAGCAGCGUACCAUACUGACCGUCGGCAACAGCCACCUCAAGCAGCGGAUCGCAGCUCUUGCUCAGGACAAGAUUUUCAAGGAUGCUCAUCAAGAGGCGUUGAAGAAGGAGAUCGAGAGGCUGCGCCAGGUCUACGAGCAGCAGAACCUCAAGAUGUCAGCCGGCGCUGCUGCCUCUGACCAUGGCCCGCCACCGGUGCGCGCGGAGAAAGAGCUCAUGAGCUAGCUACCCAGUCGAUCCACGCGUGCCCGCUGUGCAGUGCAGCCCGCCCGCCUUAUCAUUAAUUAACAUGGAGGGAACAUUGCAUCAUGAUUUCUCUUUUUUUCGGAUUAUGUGGAUGUUUUCUUCUUUCUUUCUUUCUUCUUCCAUUGACACGUGUGCGUUAAUUCUUUGUAUGUUGAUUUUGGGAUUUGGUUCACUGUGCAAAUUGUGGUAAAGUCAUCAGGGAAACUGAUCUGUUGUGUAAAUCACUUUUUUGAAGCAUUACAUUCCUGGGAAUCUGGUUACCCAUGAUUUUUGUACGGCCUUUCUUUUUUUCCCUUUAGUAGUGUGAUUAUAUACCACAAUAUUUGGCAGGUUCGAUGUAAUUGAAUUAGCAAUGUGGGCAGCU